UUUGUCAUAAAUCAUCAUUCAUAGUACGAUUUUUUUAACUCAGUAUUAAUUGUUAUGCUUUAUUGCGCAUAGCCUACUUUUGUUAGGCUAUUAUUUUUAUUAUUAUUAUUAUUAUUAUUAUUAUUUUUAUUAUCAUUAUUAUUAUUAAGUAUUAUCAUUAUUAUUUCAGCAACUUUCCCAAACAUUACCUAUGACCAUCCAACACUGUUCCUACCCAACAUCAUGCAUCACCACUUAUCACCACUAUCCUGUCAUCAUCCAGCAUCACAUCUUCUCACUAUGACUCAUCAUCAUCCAUCAUUAUUCCUACCCACUAUAACCCCUCUAGGGGGAAGACGAGAGUGGGGAAGGUGGGCGUGGGAUGAUGAUACGUGACAAAAUUACACAAUGUUACACUAAUAUUCAAUAUUUAUUAGAAAUUGUCAAGCAAAUACUAAGUAACACAUCUUCUUACUAAAUUCUAUCAUAUGGAGGUAUUUCCUCAUUACUAGUUUUUCGAGUAUUUUAGCUUUGAAUAUGUCCGAGAAAACACAAAAUCACGCAUCGAAAAUUCCAUUUUGGGCACAAAAAUCACAUUGCUACUUUUGCGUCCUCACCACUAAAAAAAUAGGUUGCACCUUGACAAUUAGGCGUAUUCAAUCAACAGCCGCCAUCAGUCAUCGACGCGUCUCCAGCCUCCACUCCCCCACCGAUGUCUCGGCCAGACCUGAGUUAUUGACGUGCAAAGAUGUCGUCUGACGAGGCAGCUGAAGUUGAUGCUGGCGGCGAGCGCGUCAGCCAUGAUGACAAUAGUGACGGUGACGUGCCUGAACCUUCCCGUGGAAGAAAACGCACCAGGAAUCCAGCAGUGUGGAAAAAAAAUGUUGCAAAACACAAGAGAAAUGUUGGUGAGGCUUACAUCAGUGUGAAAACAAACAGACAUGUAGCAGCCCGUGCUAUUGGCCCUCCUUGUGCUGACGGGUGUUUUGACAGGGUAGGACGUGAAGGAAUUCGAGCCAUAUUUGAAGCUUUUUGGGCACUAGGAGAUUAUGAACUCCAAAACGCCUAUAUUCAAAAACUGGUGAAGACUGUGCCCAUCAAGCGAAAGCGUACACUGGCAGAAGUCAGCAGGCGUAGCCAUACUUUUCUCUACAGUGUGAUGAUUAACGGUGCCUCACAUAGUGUUUGCAAAGAGGAUUUGCCAGUAUGCAUGGCCUUAGUCUUAGCCGUGUUGAAAGUGCAAGCAAGAAAAUGA